AUGGACCAACUCAACCAAGACAAACCAAACGAUUUUGUCCGCCUCUGCCGCAGCGAGUGGGAAAAGCUUACCCAACCCUACGACGUCAGCAGAGAGGCUGUACCCAAGCCAGCAAUGGAACCAGACAAAAGAGGAAGAGUACCUCUCAAACAAGUGUACCUCCAAAGGCUGACCAUAGCCAACGAAAAGUGGAACGUGUACGACCCGACCCCAGGCCAAAAGAUCUUAGCAACCGAUGACAGAGUGUAUCCAAUGAAUGCACUAGCUGCUCUAUCUACCAUCGUACUACCAAAGGGUCGAGAUCUGGUUUGGAAAUACGUAACCAAAUGUCUCCCGCUCGUCAGGGGUGACCCAGUCGCCUCCACCUGUGUGACGUGUGGCAAAGAUGAAUCCUCCAAGCAUUUGUUCUUCCAAUGCAAGGAGACCACGCUGCCAGUGAAGAUACUGAAAGAGGUUACUGCUGCCAACAACAUUCCACCACCAGUCUGGGACAUCACCCUCCUCAACCUCAAACAAACUCCAAUGACUAUAAACUUGGUCGCUGCAGCACUAGAACGAAUAUGGUUCCGACGUAAUGAUCUACGUCACCAAAGAGAUGAACCAUUCACUGAACAAUACCUGCGAGCUAGAUUGAUAAGUGAUAUGCGAAUCGAACAAGCAACAACCCAAAACAACCCAACAGGCUUGACACUAUACAAAAAGAUACAUGAUCAACGUCCAUACAACAUGUAUCAUAGACAUGGACAAACCCCCAGAACAAAUUAA